UGAAGAUGAACUCGUUUCCCGUGAUCUUGAUAUCGAUUUUUGUGUAGUUUGGGGUGUUGUUGAUUUGAUUUCUGUGGUGGGUUUGGCUGAAGAAAGAUGACUGUGGGAGCUGGGAUCACUGUGGCUGAUGGCAAUCUCGUGGUUCUCGGAAACGCCAUUCUUUCCGAUGUGCAUGACAACAUUGUUACAACUCCUGCCGCCGGAGACUCCCUUACCAACGGAGCUUUCAUCGGCGUUCACUCUGACCGCUUGGGCAGUCGCCGGGUCUUUCCUGUUGGCAAGCUCCAGGGUUUGAGAUUUAUGUGUGUUUUCCGCUUCAAGUUGUGGUGGAUGACACAGAGGAUGGGGUCUUGUGGCCAAGACAUUCCCUUUGAGACCCAAUUUUUGAUUGUUGAAGGACAAAAUGGUUCUCAUUUUGGCGAGGGAAGUGAGAUGGGAGCCGGCCAAUCUGCUCUGUAUGUCGUUUUCUUACCCAUUCUUGAAGGGGAUUUUAGAGCUGUUCUUCAAGGAAAUGAACAUAAUGAGAUAGAGAUCUGCUUGGAAAGUGGAGAUCCGGCAGUUGAUGGAUUUGAGGGGAGUCAUUUGGUUUUUGUGGCAGCAGGAUCAAACCCAUUUGAUGUCAUCACAAAUGCUGUAAAGACAGUUGAGAAACAUUUGCAGACAUUUAGUCAUCGAGAUAAAAAGAAGAUGCCCGAUAUGCUGAAUUGGUUUGGCUGGUGUACUUGGGAUGCUUUUUAUACCGAUGUUACUGCAGAGGGUGUAAGACAAGGAUUAAAGAGUUUAGAGAAAGGUGGGAUACCUCCAAAGUUUGUUAUAAUUGAUGAUGGAUGGCAAUCGGUCGGCAUGGAUACAACUGGUAUCAAGUGCAAAGCUGAUAACACAGCCAACUUUGCUAGCAGGUUAACCCAUAUCAAAGAGAACCACAAAUUUCAGAAGGAUGGUAAAGAGGGUCACAGGGUAGAGGAUCCAGCUAUGGGACUUCACCACAUUGUUACUGAAAUCAAAGAAAAACACUAUCUAAAGUAUGUUUAUGUGUGGCAUGCUAUAACGGGCUACUGGGGCGGUGUUAGUCCUGGGAUUACUGAAAUGGAACACUAUGAAUCUAAGAUAUCCUACCCAAUUUCGUCUCCAGGUGUUAACUCAAAUGAGCCUUGUGAAGCUUUGACAAGCAUAGUUACUAAUGGGCUUGGCCUUGUGAACCCCGAAAAAGUUUUUUGCUUCUACAAUGAACUCCACUCAUAUCUAGCAUCAGCUGGUAUUGAUGGAGUGAAAGUAGAUGUCCAGAACAUCCUUGAAACACUUGGUGCAGGUCAUGGUGGCAGGGUAAAACUUGCUCAAAAAUACCAUCAGGCACUAGAGGCAUCUAUCUCAAGAAACUUCCAGGAUAAUGGAAUUAUAUCUUGUAUGAGUCACAACACAGAUGGUUUGUACAGUUCAAAGCGUACUGCUGUAAUUAGAGCAUCAGAUGAUUUUUGGCCAAGAGAUCCUGCAUCACACACAAUUCACAUUGCAUCAGUUGCUUACAACACUAUUUUCCUUGGGGAAUUUAUGCAGCCAGAUUGGGAUAUGUUUCAUAGCUUACACCCAAUGGCUGAAUACCAUGGAGCAGCUCGUGCCGUGGGUGGCUGUGCUAUUUAUGUCAGUGACAAACCUGGACACCAUGACUUUAAUCUACUGAAGAAGCUUGUACUUUCUGAUGGUUCUAUAUUGAGAGCCAAACUUCCAGGAAGACCAACAAGGGAUUGCUUAUUCUCUGAUCCUGCCAGAGAUGGGAUAAGCCUUUUAAAGAUAUGGAAUCUGAAUGAUUUCUCCGGAGUCGUGGGUGUGUUCAAUUGCCAGGGAGCUGGGUGUGCAGAGUUGGAAAAGAACCUUAUCCACGAUGACCAGCCUGGGACAAUAACUGGGGUUAUCAGAGCUAAAGACGUUGAUUAUCUACCAAGAGUGGCUGACGAUGGAUGGAAUGGGGAUACUAUCAUAUUUUCCCAUCUUGGUGGAGAGGUAGUUUAUCUGCCAAAGAACGCGUCUAUUCCAAUGACACUAAAGUCUCGGGAGUAUGAAGUUUUUACAGUGGUUCCUGUUAAGGCAUUGUCAAAUGGUGCCACGUUUGCUCCCAUAGGCCUAACCAAGAUGUUCAAUUCAGGAGGAGCCAUUAAGGAAUUGAAAUAUGAAAGGGAGAGAAAUGCAACUGUGGGCAUGAAAGUUCGCGGGUCUGGAAUAUUUGGUGUCUAUUCAUCAUCUCGGCCAAAGAGAAUAACAGUUGACACAGAAGAAAUGAAGUUCGAAUACGAAGAAGGGUCUGGACUGACCACCAUUGAUUUGAAAAUUCCAGAGGAAGAAAUGUACCUUUGGGAUAUAACUAUUGAAUUAUGAAGCCUUGGCAGAUUUCAUACAAUUUAUCAGAGGGAUUCAGACUAGCUUGUUUUGUGGCCAUAACUCAAUUCCAACCUGAAGCAGAGUACUUCCCCAGGGAUUAUAGAAGGGAAUGAUAUCUUGCAGAGGUUUCAUUUUGAGGAAAGUGAAAACACCCAGAAGAGGCUAUAGAUCUUUCCAUGAAAUUAACCAAGGUUGGAUUUUCUGUAGUUGUAAUAGACCAUGGAUGGUGGUGAGCUAGAUUUCUCUAGUGAAGUUCUAAAUUUAAAGAUUGGUUUCUCAUGAGCUCUGUCACCCUGAAAUUGUUUGCUUUCAUUCAAGAAAAAUCUCAUGUUGCAGAAAAUCUUAUUACCCAUGUAGAAAACUAUGGAAUAGAUGAACAUUGUGUAUGCAGAAGCUGCAACUUCAAGCAUUCAUCAAUGGCCGAAUGAUUGAACUGUC